CGUCCAACACGACGACCAAGCAACCCGCCUGCAUCCAGACUGUUUCCGGAUUUCCCGCCUUUACGACCUACCACCGCCGCAUUGACGACCAUCGAUAUUCGCCACGAACUCCGGACGACUUCAAUUUGAUUUCGUGAAAGACUUGAAAAGGAGGCCGCUCUACCUCCCAAUCAUCAUCCCCGAUUGCCUUUCUACCCCCAACCAGCAACCGCCACCAUGUCCAACCCACUUGAUACCGAGCCCGGCUCCGAGCGCUUCAGCGACUACGAAGCGGAGCUGAAGCUCGUGCAGGCGGACCUCGUUCAGAAGCUUGACCAGAUCCCCGAACUGACGGGCGAGCCACGCAAGGCGGCUCUCUCGUCCGCCGAGCGCGCCCUUGAAGAAGCCGACGAGCUGCUCGCCCAGAUGCGCCUCGAGAAGGCCAACAUCCCCACCACCCUGCGCUCCAAGAUCAACGCCCGCUUCCGUAACCACGAGUCCGACAUCGACGCCCACAAGCGCAAGCUGCGUUCCCUCGCCGACGACCGCGCCGCCCUCUUCGGCGCCCGCUACACCGACAACCCCUCGGGCAGCGGACAGGACGUCCAGCUCGAGCAGCGCCAGCAGCUGCUGUCGGGCACCGACCGCCUCGACAGGUCCACGCAGCGGCUCAAGGCCAGCCAGGCCCUCGCCAACGAGACCGAGGGCAUCGGCGCCAGCAUCCUCGGCGACCUGCACACCCAGCGCGAGACCAUCCAGCACACCCACGACCGCCUGCUCGAGAGCGAGGGCUACGUGGACCGCAGCGUCAAGACGUUGCGGGGGAUGGCACGUAGGAUGGCUACCAAUCGGGUGAUCACCAUUUCCAUCAUCACCAUUCUCGUUCUCCUCAUCAUCGCCGUCAUUUACAGCAAGUUCAGAUAAGGGGUACGCACGCAUUCGGCAGCAGUAGCAAACAGAAACACCCGUCGGGAGUGCGGGGUCCGGAGUUUCGGGUUGUAUAAGGGUUCCAUCACGAUGUACUUUUCUGUUUCUCUCUCUCUUCCUAUCAUCACCGGGGAGCUUCAACAGAGUGGUGUUUUUUCUUGUUUUGUGUCAAAUUCUUUUUUCUUUAUGCGGAGAAGGCAGCCUCGGGUACGAUGUUAAAUAACGAAUAGGGGAAAACUCCCCUGCUGGUCUGGGUUUGAAGCAUGCCGAGAGUCGAAACAGAGACGCAUCGAACCGAGCCCCCCAUGACGCUACUAGACAAUUGACAGGCCGCUACCACCAUGCAUAUAUGCUUAUAUACAUACUAUCCCAGUCGUUCAUUGUAAAUACCAAUUUCUUUUUCUCUAUCUACCGUACCCGAACAGGACGCCGACGUUUUUGAGACCCUUUCCCUUUCAACUCGGGGUCGCUUGUUAAACCUCAUUGAAUGGGUAUAAUCACACUAAAUUUCAA